AUGGGACCCUCGAACUCUAUCUCGGGACGGGUUUUGAUUCUCAACUUGGAUGAUGCCGUCACAAGCAUUAUCGUCGAUCCAUUAUUGGAGUUUAGGACUCACAAAAUGGAUCUUCAAUGGAUUAGAAAGAAGACGGUAGAGGAGAAUGCUCAGACAAUAAGAGGCAUUAUACAUGAUUUCCAAAUCACCGUUGGCCACGUCGGUUCUUGCGAUCCAGACAUCUAUCGAAGUACCUAUGAAAAGAUCAAGAAUAUCAAAGGGAUUUUCGAUGAUUUCGGCAAUUUUUCAGAUGAGGAGAAAGAAAGACUCCGCUAUCACAUUUACUUGUUUUUGAAAAUGUGGGAUCCAAACAGUGGCUACACAAUCAGGGAAUGCCUCCGAUACUCCAGUGAUACUUAUCGUGGAGGUGCCCUGUAUGCGACUUGCGAUUUUAAAAAGGGAGAGUGGAUCAGCGAACUCAAGGGUUGCAUCGCCCCAUUGCCGCCCGAGAUAUACGCCGAACUCAUCGUUGUAGGAAGAAACGACUACUCUAUUCAGCUUUCGUCAAGGAACGGUCAGCAACUGUGGCUUGGACCAGCAGCCUUUCUCAACCAUGACUGCAGGCCCAACUGCAAGAUUGUGCCGACUGGACCACACUCAGCCCAAGUGUUGGUGCUGGAAGAUAUCAAAGCAAAUGAAGAACUUUUAAUUUACUACGGUGAGAGAUUCUUCGGCGAAGACAAUAUCGCCUGUGAGUGCCGAACAUGCGAAAGUAUUGGAGCAGGAGCAUUUUCGAAUGGCAAUACGGCAGUUCGCAGAAGUCCUGUUAAGUUCAACUCUGGCAACUUUAGCCUUAGAAUGACUGGAAAUAGGAGAAGGAGAGCAGAUAACAAGGACGGUCGCAAGAGUACAAUUGUAAAUGAAGAAACCGCCGAAGCAGACGCAAACGAGAAUAUUCCAAAGAGCGAGCCAAUCGACGAGCCACCGAAGAGGCGAAAGCGGCGCCGAAGUAGUUUAGCGUUUGAUCAGAGCAGUUGCCCGGGAGUGGUGCAUCGUGAACCAGAGAUCCCUUCGUCCUAUGACCUCGAACGGCCGCUAUCGACCGAGUCAUAA